UUAGACCACCAGGAGGGAGAGAGGGAAUGGACUCUGACAAAUAACUGCCAAAGUUCUUUAGAUAAGAACAGCAAUGAGGAAACGGAAAAGUUAAGCAAAUCCUGUGGCAUCUCUGGGGUCGGAAGCAGUGUGACUUAAACAACUACACAUAUACGUGUCUUUGCUUGUGCGAGACGUGAUGUGGACUUUAGUUACAGAGCUGCUCUUCAGCUUUGUGGUGCUGGCUUUUCUGGUGCUCAGCUGCCAGAGUGUGUUGCACAUUGCGAGUGGCACCGUGAGAUCAGUGCUCACUUACAUUCAUAUGCAGCUCGACCGGGAGUUGGGGGAGGAUGAGAGCAUGCCAGACCAAGAGGAGAAUGUCACCACUCGAGUGGUGCGCCGCAGAGUUAUUCUGAAGGGUGAUGAAGCUGUGGAUCUUCCUGGAGAACAAGUGAGUGAGGAGCAGUUUACAGAUGAGCAUGGCAACAUCGUCACCAAAAAGGUCGUGAGGAAGGUGGUUCGGAGAGGAAAAGGUGAGGGUGAGGGUCAGGAGUUCAUUAUAGAUGGGCAACAGGAAGCUGAUGAGUUGGAUGCUGACGCAGAGCAGUUCAUGGGCUAUGCCAUCCUUGGCCGGGAAAGCAAGAUGUUCCAUUUUCAACUCUACUACACUGAUGGAAAUGCAAAUAUUAAAGGACUUGUCUCCCGCACCCAAACCUUCUCUCAUAGACACAUGAUGAGCAUCAAGAACUGCAAGAAAGUGGAAAACCAGGCAAAGGACAUCAGUGCCAAUAGAUGGCUUUUAGGCUUCUUUUUAAAGCAAACCUACAAUGAGAACUAGGCUAAAAGCAUGAUUUCAUAUAAAAAUGAAAAUGAAACCUAGGAGAAAAAAAAACUUCCAAAAAAAAAGCAUCCAAAAAGUGCUUCCUGUAAUCCCUGUAUCAGCAUGCGAGAGUGCUGUCGCAUGGCCUGCCUUUACAUACACCACAGAAAACAAAGGAUUAAGGGGCUCCUGGUGAUAUAAGGGGCAUGAAACAAGGGAAGAGUUUGUGAAUAUGGGGUAUAACUGAACCCAGAGCUCAGCCCUGAAUAUUGUAUUUCAGCAAAGUUGUGGUUAAUUAACAUAUAUGCAAAAGCCGACACACACGUAGUCAAAUGAAGCAACGGUUCCCCCUCCAAAUCUCACAAAUUUUGAGUCUUCCAAUAUAUUAUUUGUUAUAGUUUACUCUAUAACUUUAAAAUAUAAUCUCACAACACACCAGUUUUUCUUCCAGCACUGGUUUUGUGCAUAAUCCUGUAUAUGCACUGAAAUAUUUAAUGUGUGUGUUAUGUCUGUAUGUGUGGUUUAUGUUACAGCCCAAACCAGGAAGAGAAAAAAAAACUAAUGUAUGCAAAGAUACUGCUGCUGAUAUACUUCUUUGCCCAUGCUUCUACUUAGUCUCAUACAACAGACGGCACUUAUAAUGUCAGUGUCAAAACAUCAGUGUUACUCCUAGAUGGUUUUGUUUUUUCCUGAAAUGCAGGCAUGGGGGGAGGGGGGUGUUUCCUUCUUUUUUUUUCAUUUUUCCCAUUGUCUCUCCACUCAUGGGAAAGCAGUAGGGCUUUUGCCCUUCAGUAGAUAUUUAUUUUUGAACACAGUAUUGCUUCUUAUAACUGUCAUCAUAAAUUGUUUUCUUGGACAUUUAGGACUUAAGACUUACUGAGACACUAUUAAUUGCUCAUGGCAUAAUGAAUGUGACAGAAUGCCAGCCGUUUACCAUUGAGCAUGCGCGCACACACACACACCUGCCUGACUUUUAAACUUGUGUUAAGUACAAAUGUAGCAACCAAGUCUUCCAUUUCAAAUGAUAUCAGUAGCUCAGGUUUAGUUUUGCUGGAAAGAUGCUGUGGCCUAUAUGAGGGAAGGCAAUGUGAAUGAAAAGCUGUUAGUGAGGAGGCUGGAGUUAGUUCUUGGUUUCCUUAUUCAUCUUUCAUAAUUUAUUAUUUCAUAUGGCGUACAAAAAUGUAGAUACUUUAACCUCUUCAGAGAUUCUAUCACCUCAAAUCUGAAGCGUGGAAAUGUUCCAAUAUUCCAUGUGAACACCAGGAUGUAAGAAUUAGUGCUGGUCUGGCAAGAGAGAGACAUUACAUGUAAUUGUUCACAACCUAGUCUGGAAACAAGAUCCCACAUAAAUACCGCAAUAAGCAACACUAUGAAAGCAAUAGAUAUCAGUUUGCAGGUGUACUUUUUUAUAUAUACCAUUUUACUUUUUUUCUUUAAUUCUUACGAAUGGACAUUAUAUAAGAGAGAACAUUGUCAGUAGAUUAAGGAGUGGAAUUUCCUGAAAUUCCUUGGCUGGUGUGAAAAGCUUUAAUUGUGACAAGAACAGAAACUGACUUUAGUAUAAAGUGGUCUGAUGUCACUGUGUCCUGCAUUAAGUGAUUUUUGUUUGUUUGUUUGUUUGUUUACCUUUACUGUAAUUUUUUGCUAUUUUGAAGACAAAAUUCCCAAAAUUGUGUUGCCAAAUUGAAAUUAGAGAAAAACAAUUGACAUUAAAAACCCAUUUACUUUACUAAUGCUUGGAAAGCAAUAGACACAUGACAAAACGCGCAUAAGGAUACUUUUCUUCUGUAAUGUUUUCUGUUUUGCGGCAUAGUUUGACCAGCCAUUAUUAAGUAUGAUGAGUUUCAAGGCUGAUGUGUGAAUUUGCUGCAGAAUACCGGCAGAUAUUUUUUUAGAGCUCAACAAAGACACUUUGAAACACUGUGAUUAGACUGUAGCACUGUCCAAGCAACUUUUCCAACUACACACAAACACAUAUUACUCUUCACUUAGGCACAGUUAAUACUUAUACCUUCUGACUGUAUGUUUCAAACUUAGAAUAUAUCAUAAGUGUAUUUGUUGAAGGCAGAUAUACCUAAACUUGAGAAUAUUUUUUCUAAUUUUCUGCACAAUGACGUAGCUCUCACUGGCUCUACUUUUAAAGUGUCAUUAUGAAUGAUGAAUGUGUCGCUCCAUUGUUCAUCAUGGUAACAUUUAAAAGGCCCUUCUGAAAAGAAAAAAUGUAGCUAAACACUUGCUUUGCCAUUGCAAAUUCACUGAAAAUGUUCAUUACGUUCAACAAGGAUUUCAUGCCAGGAUCUUCUGAUGUAAAACAUUGUUUAACCAUUUCAAAAUCCCAAGAUACAGAUGCAGUUGAGAUCAAUGCUCUAAAAUCUAAUCCUCAAAGUUUCUCAGCCACCUAUAUUUAUAUUUUGUGUUAAUUCCAGUCAAAAUGUUAAAUCGUCAUCAGCCAGUUAACACAAGUGAGAUGAAUCAGAGACAAUAUUCACUUGAAUGACUCUAAUAAAUUGAAAAUAUGGAGUGAGUAAAUUAUGCUAAAGAAAGCUCUUUGUAACCAGGGAUCCAUAAAAUGGAUCAAGCUCAUAAAAUGAAAUGUCUCCAAAAGUAAAACCAAGCUAAUCAUUACUCAUUACACAUAAUCAAAAUGAUAUUGAGAUGUUAGAGAGAAGUGUGCUAUAAACAUAUCAUGGUGUAAAUCUGAAAUGACAGUUCUCUGUACAUUAUGCAAACAAUCCCGUAUUGCGUGGUAAUGUAAUGUAGCAUCACCCAGAAACAGAAAUGAUGUCAGAAUUGAUUAACUGUCACUUGUUUUUAGCAUCAUACCUUAGCAUCAUGGAGCAUAUACAGUAUUAACAAACUGUAUUUCCUUCAGUUAAAUGACAUUGUGAGACUGUGAGUUUAUACAUUCAUGUGACUGUGUAACAAUUCAGUUCAUAGCAUUUUAGUACUAUGUAAUCCAAAAAUAGCUUUGGGAUCAGAAACACAUUAGAAAACAGACACGAUAUGAAGAUGCAGUACAGUGAAGUGUUACUAAACCAAAAUACACCAAAGUUUCCUGUUAAAUAUUUUAAAAUACACAAAAUGUAUUCUUUCUUUAAUACUUACCACUAACUACAUGCCAGAAAAUACUGCUGAAUAAUAUUCAUACAAAUAUAAACCUAAUACAGUACAAAUUUAGUUUAUUUGAUUUAUUUUACAUUAUAAAAGCCAAUGUACUGUUGCAGAAUGCUGCAGAUGUGCUGGAAUGAUUCAUUAAAACUUGUGAAAAGCAGAGUAAUCCAUAUAUGAACUGAUAAUGAGCAUUAUUUCAUACAGUUUUAUUAAGUAAUCACUUUAUCUAGAUC